CUCUGAAGAAAACUUUCUCAACACAACAGCAGAAUCUCUGACAAACACUGACUGUCAACAUGUCUGCUGCCAGCUGUCUGCUGACUGAAGAUCAGUUUCUGUGCUCCAUCUGUCUGGAUGUGUUCACUGAUCCAGUCACCAUACCAUUUGGACACAACUUCUGUAAAACCUGCAUCACUAAACACUGGGAUAGAAAUGUCAAGUGUCAGUGUCCCAACUGUAAAAAAACUUUCAACAUCAGACCUGAACUACAGGUCAACACGUUGAUCUCUGAGAUGGCUGCUCAGUUCAGACAGUCAGCUCAACAGAAAGCCAGCAGCAGCAGCUCAGAGCAACAAGUUUCCAAACCAGGAGAAGUUCCCUGUGACGUCUGCACUGGAACCAAACUGAAGGCCCUGAAGUCCUGCCUGGUGUGUCUGGCCUCCUACUGUGAGACUCACCUGGAGCCUCAUCUGACAGCUAAACAGCUGAAAAGGCAUCAGCUGAUCGACCCUGUGGAGAACCUGGAAGACAGGAUGUGUACGAAGCACGAUAAACUGCUGGAGCUGUUCUGUAAGACCGACCAGAUGUGUGUCUGCAUGCUCUGCAGUAUUUCAGACCACAAGACACAUGAUGUUGUUCCUCUGAAAGAAGAAUAUGAAGGAAAGAAGGCCGAGCUGGGGAAGAGAGACGCUGAAAUUCAGCAGAUGAUCCAGAAGAGACGACUGAAGAUUGAGGAGAUGAAGCGCUCAGUGGAGCUCAGUAAGAAAGAUGCAGACAGAGAGAUAGCAGCUGGUGUUCAGGUCUUCAGAGCUCUGAAGGAGUCUGUUGAGAGAAGCCAGGCCGAGCUCAUGGACACCAUCAAAGAGAAGCAGAGAGAGACAGAGAAACAGGCUGAAGGCUUCAUCAAAGAGCUGGAACAGGAAAUCUCUGAGCUGGAGAAGAGAAGCUCUGAGGUGGAGCAGCUCUCACAGUCUGAAGACCACCUCCACCUCCUCCAAAGCUUCCCAUCACUGAACACUGCUCCACCCACCAAGAACUGGACAGGAGUCAGCAUCCGUCCACCUUCAUAUGAGGAGACUGUGGUGAGAGCUGUGAAUCAGCUGGAGGAGACGCUCAGUAAACAGAUGAAGAAGGCCGAGCUGAAGAGGGUCCAGCAGUAUGCAGUGGAUGUGACACUCGAUCCUGAUACAGCACAUCCUGCUCUCAUCCUGUCUGAUGAUGGAAAACAAGUUCACUGUGGUGAUGUAAAGAAGAAUCUCCCAGACAACCCAGAGAGAUUUGAUAAAUGUGUUUGUGUCUUAGCUAAGCAGAGUUUCUCUUCAGGAAGAUUUCAUUAUGAGGUUCAAGUUAAAGAGAAGACUAACUGGGAUUUAGGAGUGGCCAGAGAGUCGAUCAACAGGAAGGGAAACAUCACAGCAUCUCCUCAGGAUGGUUACUGGACGAUAUGUUUGAGGAAUAAAAAUGAGUACGAAGCUCUUGAUGACCCUUCAGUCCGUCUCUCUCUGAAGCAUCAGCCUGAGAAGGUGGGGGUGUUUGUGGAUUAUGAGGAGGGUCUGGUCUCCUUUUAUGACGUUGAUGCUGCAGCUCUUAUCUACUCCUUUACUGGCUGCUGCUUCACUCAGAAACUCUACCCACUCUUUGGUCCAUGUCCUAAUGAUGGUGGUGAAAACUCUGCUCCUCUGAUCAUCUCUCCUGUCAGUCACACUGAGUAGAACAAACAUUUGAUUUUCUACAGAAAGAUUCACAUCAUUUCAUGUAAUAAAUGUAUGUUUAUUGAUUAUAUUUGUUUUUUCAGAAUCUGAUGAAGCAUCUUUCUCUGUCAGUGUUUUUGUUGAAUGUGUCACAGUGACACUCUCAUUGAUAUGAUGUAAUGAACUUUAUUUUUUCUUUUAAAUCAUCAGAAACAAAGUAUUCAAAAAAUAAUCAGCAUUUUCGUUUCCUUAACCAUUUUUACUUGCUAACAAAUUGCAAAAACAUUUUAUGUACAAGACAAAUGUAGUUUUAAUUUCUCUUAUUUUGUUUAAAAAAUGAUGAAAAAGAUUUUUUGUGCCUUCAUCAAAAAAUGUUUUCAUUGUUUUCAGCUGAUGAAAAAAGCUGCUCAACACUUUGGAGAGCAGCAGUGAAGUGCAGAGGGAUCAGUUGGAUCACAUCUGUUAUGUGUUUGAUUCAGUAACCGACUGUCUGAAGUGGGUUUUUAUCUUUUUCUGGACUCUUCUGGGUUUCUUCAUGUUGUGUGUUGGUGUUGUGGCCCUAAACUGAGAUUCAAUGAUGACGACCCUCACUUCUUUUUUAAGUUCCUUGUUAUUUUAAGUCAUUACUGCACCACUUUAUGUUAGACAACAGAGAAGCAACAUUUAAUGAAUACUUCUAAAAUAAAGGAAGCUGAAGUCCGACCUCUUUCUUUUUGCUUCAUGGGACUUUUUUUUUUCUUCAGAAACAACUUUGUAUGGUAGUGAACGGAGAAAAACAAAUACUAUUUACAUCCCCUCUGAAUUUUGAUGUGAAUUACAAAUAUGAUGUUUGUCAAAUUAAAAUAUAUUUGAUCAA